AUGGCGCCGCAAACACUCGACCAGAUUGUCAAAGGCGCACCGGCGCCGAGCACAAGCCUGAACAAGGUGGCUGAGAGCGUCGAAAGCGACCCGCCGCCGUACUCUGCGUCCAUCCUCCAAGACACACCCCACAAUGCCAACAACGACCGCCUGCCCACCAUCAAGCCCCCGCGGCCGCCCGUCCUUAGCGAUCCGACAUCCCUCCUCCCCUCGUCGCCGCCGCAAAUCUACCUGAAUCUCCUCAUACUCGAAGCCAGUCUUCGCAGCCAAUACCUCCCCCUACGCGCCCGCCGGCGGCAGAACACUUUCGUCCUCACACUGUUGGCGGUAUGGAUAGGCUUUUGUUUCUACCUGUUGUGGUUGCGCCCACGAGAGGAUGGCAAGGGUAUUGGAGGUUCACAAUACUGGCUCGUUGAUAUGCUGCAGAAGGUUGGCUUCAUAACAGGCGUCGUUACCGCUCUGCUUUUCUGGGCGACUGGACAAUGGGAGAGAGGGGUCAGAUGGCCGCGCCGGUGGAUCGGCGUUGCAAAUCGAGGGCUCAGAGGCAUGAACGCCAAGAUUGUCGUUAUACGGGGGCCAUGGUGGAGAGAGCUGGUGGAAUGGGGUCACUUUGUUGUGCCCUUCUCUGGUGGGCUGUGGGGUGGGGAGCAGGGAGGCAGUUCCUACCACUUCAUCAACGUCGCGCAGGAGAACAAGCAUGCAUUAGACGGCGGCCGACCCCGCCAUCGCAUCGUGGAAGACGGUAAGGAAUACGCCGAGGAAGACAUUGCACCGGGAGGCGACUACAUCAAGCUACUCCUCCUCCCGAAGCCCUUCACACCCGACUUCCGUCAAGAGUGGGAAGUCUACAGAAACGAAUACUGGGCUACAGAGAACGAGCGACGAGCUGAGCUGCGGAAACGCGUCCGCGCCAGACAACGUGAGAUUGCAAGAGAAGAAGGAGGAUGGCUAUGGUGGACCGGCUGGCGAGGCUGGAAGCGCGCACGCGGUCUCAGUGGACGAAGCGCCGACGUAGAAAAGAGUGGCCAUCACCAUGGUCACAGCCAUAGCCUCUCGCACACAGGCUCACGGAAGCGACGACAAAGUUUACUGCAAAACCCAAGAGGAAGAGACGGGUCGCAUUCCCGUAGCUCUUCGCGAAGCACAACGCCCACUCCCGACCUCGACAUGGACGGUCGUCUCCGGCCUGCCGAAAGCCGCGAGCGUCGAUGGAGUAACACGUCCACCAGUACAACCACGAGUCGCAAGUCAUCUCUCCGCUCUAGCUCAACCAUCACACAGGGUAACGCGCAAUCGGAAAGACAACCGCCACAAAGAAGCAACGUGGGGUCCCGACCUAGUACGCCUAGUGAGGGGAACCUACCCUGGCAGAGUAAGAGAGCUAGCAUGCUGAGUAAUGCGUCGAGUAUGAGUGAGAUGGAGGAAGAUGGCGGGUAUGAGGCUGCGACUGAGGGGAGGGGUGAUAUGAGACCGCCGGUAAGGCCGGUCGGCAAGAGGAGGAGUAGUCGCGAGGGUGGUAGCAAUAGCAGUGGAAGGGCCGAGAGCGCUUGA